CUCACCGCCCGGUCGUUCAGCUGACGCGCGGGAGGGAUAAAGCGCAGCCAGCAAGCCCGCCAGCCAGUGUGCGUCAGCCAUCAGGCAGGCAAGGCCGCGCCGCAGCCGCCAGCCGCAGCAAAAGGCCGCGCCGAAAAGCCCCUUUCCCCUUGGCCGCAUCCCCGCAUCAUGACGACGGCGACGCCGACCCGUCGCUGCUGCUGCCGCCGCGGCACUAGCGCCAGUGCCAGUGCUCGCGCUGACGGGCGGGGCGGCCCACCGCCACCACCACUGACCCGGCCACACUCCCACUCCCCCCCGCUUGCUUCUCCGACUUGUGCACCCCCACCGCGCGCCACCUUUCGCUUUCGCUUUCCCCUUUGCAUUCCCCCGCAUCGCACUUAUCUUGCUGCCCGCCCGGCAAGCCUCGCCUCGCUCGGGGUCGUCGGGGGAUUUGGACGGGACGGCGGAGUGGGAGAGAAAAGCAACGCCAGCGCGCGAGAGGGAGGGAGCCGGGCCGGGCAGUCAGCCGUGCCGGAUGGGCGUGCGGGAGGAGCUGUAGGCCGUUGACCUCCUCGCCUGGGCGGGCAGCAGGGAAGAGAUGAGUCCCCGGAAGCAGCAGGGCGGGUGCGGGUGCUGGGCCGCCGUCGCGCGGGGCCUCCGCGGGGCGUGCUUCCGGCCGGCGACCGCGGCGGCGGCGGCGGACGGCGACGGCGGCGGCGCGGCCAAGGCCAGCCACGUCCACGACGCAGCAGCAGAGACGAGGUAUCUGAAUGCUAGCAAUCGGGAGCUUGGUCAUCAUUUUCAGACAAACCAUGAUGGUGAAAAUGGUGUUGAUGCAUCAAUUGAAAAGAAAACACCCCCCAAGCUACUUCAGUUUACCUUUCAGGAGUUGAAAUCUGCCACCAUUAACUUCAGGCCAGACAGUAUUCUUGGGGAGGGUGGGUUCGGUUAUGUCUUCAAGGGAUGGAUUGAGCCAAACAGCACUGCUCCUGCAAAACCCGGCACAGGUGUUACUGUGGCAGUUAAAAGUUUAAAGCAAGAUGCCCUUCAAGGUCAUAGAGAAUGGGUGGCAGAAAUUGACUUUUUGGGACAGUUGCAUCAUAAACACCUUGUUAAGCUGAUUGGAUACUGUAUUGAGGAUGAUCAAAGGUUACUGGUAUAUGAAUUCAUGGCACGAGGAAGCCUUGAAAAUCAUCUAUUCAGAAGGGCUCUUCCCCUACCUUGGCCAAACAGAAUGAAGAUUGCUCUAGGUGCUGCAAAAGGCCUAGCCUUCCUCCACGGAGGUCCCAAACCAGUUAUUUACAGGGAUUUUAAGACAUCGAACAUUCUUCUCGAUGCGGAGUACAAUGCAAAACUGUCUGAUUUCGGUUUAGCAAAAGCUGGUCCUCAGGGUGAUAAAACUCAUGUCUCUACUCGGGUUGUUGGCACCUAUGGUUAUGCUGCGCCAGAGUAUGUAAUGACAGGGCACUUGACAUCUAAGAGUGAUGUCUAUAGCUUCGGAGUUGUGCUACUCGAGAUGUUAACGGGCAGAAGAUCAAUGGACAAGAAGCGGCCUACAGGGGAGCAGAACCUGGUUGCGUGGGCAAGGCCUUACCUAAAUGAUCGGCGAAGGCUCUAUCAGCUCGUAGAUCCUCGCUUGGGGCUGAACUACUCUGUGAAAGGGGUGCAGAAAGUUGCUCAGAUCUGCCAUUACUGCCUUAGCCGUGAUAGCAAGUCCCGUCCAUCGAUGGAUGAAGUUGUCAAGCAACUCACACCAUUACAAGAUCUAAACGACAUGGCAUCAGCAUCGUCGAGGCCUCGCUCAACUCAGCGCGGGAAGGUGCAUCGAUGACGGACGGUUCUGCUGUAAUAGAAGAGCAUAUUGGUGAUUCUUCUGGUCGCUAGACGCUUGUUUGCUUUAAUUGUAUAGCAAAAUUAGCUUUGAUGUUAACUGCCGAUAUACCUGGGGAUAUGACAUGCAUCCCCCAGAUGUCUCGCUCGGCCCAAUCACACUCUGUUUGGCUGUUUGCCAGAGCGAGAUAACGAUGUAUCUGAUUGCAGCAUGUAAUAAUUAUAAUAAUAAUCAUGGGUAGAAUGGUUGGUGUGCGCCCAGGUCA